GUAGGUGUGCCAACAUAUAUAAGUGAUUCAAUCCGGUUUGCAGUGUGUUCAUCUGACCACUACAACCAAAUCAAUUCUUCACAAUGUACACCCGCAACCAGAUUCUCGCUCUCGCCGCCCUCGGCGCCACCGGCGUCAACGCCGCCAUGGGUCCCGCCUUCAGCACUGGCCCGGUCUCCUCCAACUCCUUCAUCCGUGAAGCCACCUCGACUCUCGUCCUCCCCAACGGCCCCAGCGGCGGCUCCUCCGAUGCCAUCACCUCCCUGUGGGUGGGUAUGGGCACGUCCAACGGUGACUUGAUUCAGUCCAUUGCCGACAACUGGCAGCAGAGCGACUGGACCAUGUACGCCUACACCUUGAAGUCCACCAGCGCAACCACCCAGGAACCGAUCUACGGUGACGGCCAGGCUGAUGGCAGCAAGGGUGACAAGGUCACCAUGCACUACAAAUUCGACGACUCCACCGGCAACUACACCCAAACCGUCCUCAUCAACGGCAAGACCGUCUCCACCCUUUCCACCAGCGACGGCAAGGCUCAGGGCUGGGGUAGCGCGGUCGAAUGCGCCGAAGACAACUGCGGCACCGUUGGCGCUCACUCCUGGACCGAUACCAAGAUCAUCCUCGAUGUGGCGGACCCUGAUUACAUCAACACCCUUGCCAAGGGUACCGGCGUGACCGGUGACAUGUCCACCAGUGACGGUGGUAAGACUUGGACGGUCACUACGAUUGAUAUUCCGGAGUUUUCGUUCUCUUCUUAGGGUAUUCACCCGGCUGGUAUG